AGACCUGCAACCAGAUCCGAAUCCUUGGCCGCGAAGGCCCGAGGUGCAUCCAGCGAGGCGCACAGCGUCAAACAGCUGUCGCGUCGUUUGCCUCGGUUACGUUUCGUCGCUCCUCCUUCCACGCACGCAGACGCAAUUCCCCUUUCCUAAACCAAUCCAGCGCCAGAAAGAAAUCCUUCGCAAACUCGCUGCUCCUCCGAUCCGAUCUUCUUCUUCUUCUUCUUCGCCGCCGGCAGGGAUCCACGAUGUCGUACGCCUACCUCUUCAAGUACAUCAUCAUCGGCGACACAGGCGUGGGGAAGUCAUGCCUGCUGCUGCAGUUCACCGACAAGAGGUUCCAGCCCGUGCACGACCUCACCAUCGGCGUCGAGUUCGGCGCACGAAUGAUCACAAUCGACAACAAGCCUAUCAAGCUACAGAUUUGGGACACGGCUGGCCAAGAAUCAUUCAGAUCUAUAACUAGAUCAUACUACAGAGGGGCUGCUGGUGCCCUUUUGGUUUAUGAUAUCACCAGGAGGGAAACUUUUAACCAUCUCGCAAGCUGGCUUGAAGAUGCAAGACAGCAUGCAAAUGCCAAUAUGACGGUUAUGCUCAUCGGAAACAAAUGUGAUCUGUCUCAUAGACGUGCUGUCAGCUAUGAGGAAGGCGAACAGUUUGCCAAGGAGAAUGGUCUGGUCUUUAUGGAGGCAUCCGCAAAAACAGCACAAAAUGUUGAGGAGGCAUUCAUUAAGACUGCAGGAACAAUAUACAAGAAAAUUCAAGAUGGCGUUUUUGAUGUGUCUAAUGAGUCGUACGGAAUUAAAGUUGGUUACGCUGUCCCCAAUGCAUCUGGAGGUGGUGCUGGCUCGUCCUCUCAAGCAGGUGGCUGCUGCAGCUAAGUCAGUUUGCAACAAUGUGAUAUUGUGCAAAACAUGUUGCAAUGUUUUGAUGCUGCCUAGUGAGACAAAGGAAAUAGUUCGCCAUUGACGCUGUAGUCAGUGCUUCGAAAUGUUCAUCAAUGGUAUUUGUCCACACUGUGCAAUCUGUCUGUAAAGUGAACAUCUACAUCUACAGUCUGUAUCCAUUUGCAUGUGACUAAAUGAAAGAGUGUGAAUAUUCAUUUGUUCAAUGUAAUAAUACUUUGUAGACUA